AUGCCGGGACAGUCCGGUUGCUCCCCUCGGGGGUCUCGGUGCCGGCCCUGUCAGGGUGCGAGGGGUAGGGGGGACUCUGAGGGCCCCAUCUCCGCAGGCGGUGGUCCCCGGGGGGGCCUGGCCCGCUCCCUGCAGAAGGCAGAGGCCAUGCUGCGGAGCUGUGUCACCCCCGGGCUGCGGCGCCUGCUGCCCCCGCGGCCCCGCCGGCGCGGGGAGGGGGACGAGGAAGAGGAUGAGGAAGAGGAGCCCCCGGCGGUGGUGUCGGGGCUGGAGCAGAGCUUCGCGGGGCUGCGCCGCUGCCUCUACGUCUGGGAGGACCCUCGCACCGAGACCUUCCAGGGCCACGUGCGGCCCCCGCCCGGCGAUGCCGCCAUCUCGCACCACGGCGUCCGCCCACCCGUGUCCCGGCGCGGCGCGGCCCUGCACGCUCUGCUGCGGCACCGGCACCUCCUGCGCUUGGCCCGCGACUACGCCCGCCGCAUCAAGGCCGCCUCCGACUUCCUGCGCCGGCUCCUGCGGGCACCGCGGGCCGGGCCCCCCGAGCCGCUGCGGGGGCUGUGCCAGGAGCUGCGGGCACACGCGGUGUCGGGGAUGCGGCGGUCGCUGCUGGCGCUGGCCCUGCUGGCCACCCGGCUGGCCGAGCGGGUGGCCGAGGGGCGGCUGCGGGCGCUGGCCACCGCCGGACCCCCCGCCGCACCCCUGUCCCCGCCGCUGCUCGCCGACCUCUUCCAGGGGUUGGAGAUCUACAACCAGGUGGUGGGAGACCUGGCGCAGGAGCUGUCUGCGGCCGGCAUGGCCGGUGCCACCGGGGACAGCCCCCGCGCCUUCCCGCUGGGCAGGGUGCUGGGGGUGCUGGGCACCGAGCGGGGACGGGUGGCGGCCGAGCGGCUCCGGCCCCUCCUGCGGCCAAGGGACGGGGGUCCCGGGGCGGAAGACGCCUGCUGGGAGGAGAGCGCCGUGCCUUGGCCGGAGUGCGGGGGACCCUCCGGUGGGGAGGGCCCGUCCGGCAUCGCCGCGGAGCUGCGGGCGCUGUGCCGGGAGGACGAGGAGCUGAUGGGGCUGGUCCUGGGGAGGCUGGUGGCCUCCGCCGACAGCCUCUGGCACCCCGAGCUCCGCUGGCCCCGGCAGCAGCCGGGGGAGCGCCCGGAUAGCCCCGGCGCGGCCGGGUGGAAGUCGGUGCGGUGGCUGGACGCUGCCCGCGCCCCGGCGGCCGAGGCCCUGGGUGCCCGGUACCGACUGCUCUUCUGGGAGGCCACCGGCACCGCGCUGGGACACCGGCUGGAGGUGGCACACGGCGGGACGGGCACGGUGGUCACCGCCGCGAGGGACCUGAGCCACGCUCUCGCCCAGGCUCCCGUCACCCGGGAAGGGCAGGAGGAGCUGGGGCGGCUCUGCCUGCGGCUGCUGUGCCGGAGCGCCCUGCGGAGCUGGGACAGAGAUUUCUCCCGUGCCCUGGGCUCAGCCCUGACCGACAAGUGCUUGGGGGAGCCGGGGGUCUCGCAGCCAGGGGUCCUGGCGUGCAGCAGGACAGCUCAGCUCCUCCAGUGCCUCUUCCCAGCCCUGGCCUUCGCCCUACACUGCCUGCGCACCCUGGGGGCCCCGUCCCCCCCCGGGCAGCCCCCCGGGACCCCCGACCUGCGCCUGCAGGUGCUGGGGUGCUGCCUGGCUUCAGCGCAGGCUGCCGGGUCCUGGCUGCGGGUCCGGGCCGGGCGGUACCUGGCGGCGUGGGCACUGCCACAGUUCCUGCUCGUCACCCAGGGGGACCUGCCGCUGCUGAGGACAAAGACGGAGGAGCUGGUGCUGCUGGUGAGUGGGACCUUCUGGAGGGCGGGGGACCCCCCCCAGCUGCUGCCCCCAAACCCCCUGGCCUACUGCGAGCAACAGCUCUACCAGCAGCUCCGUGCCACGGCCACCGGCAUCCAGCUCCUCUCAGGGGACGUGCUGAGGAUGUUCUCCACCAGCUGCAAACGGAUUUCAGCAGAAAUCUUCGACCAGACCAUGCCACAGGGCAAGCACUGGCGCCUUGGGCUGCGCCCUGACCUGCCCAGCUCCCCCAGCGCCUAUGCAGCAGCAGCAGCCCAGGCAGUGGUGGGGCAGGUGCUGCAGGGAGCCCGGCUGCUGCCCCGUGAGGCACAGGCCACCACGCUGGCCAGGGUGACCACUGCCUUCCUGGAGGCGUGGAUGGACCACAUCCUGGAACAGCGCAUCAAGUUCAGCCUGCAGGGAGCUCUGCAGCUGCGUCAGGACUUCGAGCUGGUGCGGGAGCUGGUGGGCUCGGAGCGGUACGGGCUGGACCCCGAGACCCGCCGGACUCUGCUUGCCCUCCGCGUCUUCCAGCAGAUGGACGGGGCCAUCCUCUGCCUCCUGCAGCAGCCCGGGGGGGCGGCCGGCACAGCCCCCCGGCCCUGGAACACCCUGCGCCAUUGCUGCUCGGACACCAACCCCCCGCCGCUGGAGCUGGCCGCAGGCAGCCUGGACGGGCUGGAGACCCUGGACCCCCCCCGGACCCCCCCGCUGCCCAUGGGGACAGGGUUGGCGGUCCCCCCAUCCUACCUCUCGGCCCAUCAGCAGCAAUGGCUCUCGCUGCGGCUGCACCGGGCUCGGCGCUGGCGUGUGCCCGGUCUGCCCUGCGUCAGGAACGGCCACGACGCCUGA